AUGGAGAUAACAAUUUUAAAACUAAUCCUGAACUAAUUGCUAUUUAUCGCUGGUUUUUGCUUUAUUUUAUGGUUAUUUUUUGACAUGUAAUCGUGAUGAGUUGGUUUGAUGCAGCAAGUUUUACAAGUUAUGCGAAAACAGCCCUCGCUAGCGCUCAAAAGUCCAUCGAUAAAGUACUCGACAUCGAUGAUGGUGGAACUGCAGGGACAGACAGUUCCCAAGCUACUGCUAAGAUAGCCAUAGGGAAAGGAAAUGAGCCACAGAAAGGUUCAUCCUUCAAAACUUCUACACCAAAGCCAACUUCUUCAUUGCAAAAAUCUCUUUCAAAAGAAAGACAAGAUCAAUAUGACUCUACAGAUAAUAAUUCUGGCGAUUUCUGGUCAUCAUUUCUUGGAUCUCCAAAUGCAUCAUCAAACAAUAAAACACCUGAUAAAAAGUCUAAUAAAUCAAGAGAACCCCUUGGUCGCAAGAAGUCAGACUCAAGACUAACUACUGAAAGGCAAAGCAAGAAAAAUGUUGGAGGAAAAACAGAUGCCGAUGAAGAAAUAAAAAAAGAUGUUAAUGCUGUUAGUGGAAAAUCAAAUUUAUUGGAGACAACACAAGAUAACACAUCAAUUAAAGCACAUAAGAAAAAUAGAAAUAUUAAAAGUAAAGAAUCAAGGGGAAUAAAAGAUUUUAAAGCAAAUUCUAAACAAGAACCUGCUGCUGAUCAGAGUACAAGAUCAGACUUAAUUAAGGAUAAAAAUGUUGCAAGUCAGUCAGUAACAAAAGAGGAAAGUUUUGUGGAUGUUUGUUUGGAGCAAACAAAUCCUAAUUUGGUCGAUAAUAGAGAUGAUAAUGAAAUAAUAUCYAUUCCAAACACUCAAAAGGUACAUGUAGAUAUGAAUGAUUGUAAAACUCAAGAAAAAAUUGAAUUAGAAAAAAUAACAAGUUCUGGUGAGUUAGAUAAUGACAUUGAAGAUGGAAACUCAGAGAGUAUCACAGAUGUCGAACCAAGUUUACUUCUUAUGGCGACAACUACAGCAACUGCUAAUAAAGAGACACCAACAAUAACUAGUGCAAUAUUGGAACCAAGUGAGCAUCUAAAUGAAGGAAUUACGGAGGCAAGUAGUGAUGCAAUCGAUUUAAAAGAGGAACAACAAAGUUGUCAUACAGUCAGUGAAGAAGAAGAAGUUCAAAAUAUUGAUACAAGCAAUGUAGGACAGGAAAUACAGAACAGUGAUACUAUAAAUAUAGGGGAAGAACUACAAAAUACCGAUACCAUUGAUAUAGGAGUUGAAGAAGUACAAAAUAGCUUGGAUAUAAUCGAUGAAGAAGUACAAGAUAGUAAUAUAGUCAGUGCAGCUGAAGGAUUAUCAACAAGUCAAACAAGUUUAACAAAUGAUUAUAUUGAUAAUAAUGAAAGCAGAAAAGAGCCAAGUGAAGGUGAUUGUGUAGAAGAAGUAGUACAAGGAAUUUUAUUUAAGGUAGAGGAUGAUUUACAAGAAGAGUCAUCUUCUGAGUCAAUGAUUGACAAUGAAGACAGUCAUCUAGAAGUAAAUUCUGAACAAACAGUAAAGCCUGUAGAAGAAAAAGAAGGAGUUCAAGGUAUCAAGAAAUCUUCUGUAGAAUUACCAACAGAGGAAAGUAAUUGUGAUAUGCAGGAAGUUACAGAAAGCGGCAAUCAAAGCCUUCAAGUACAGCAGCUUUUGAAGGAAAUAUCAGAAUUGAAAGAGCUUGUCAAUGCAAGAGAAAGCAAAAUGGUUUCUCUUAGUAAAGAAAAUAUUGAUUAUCAAGAAACCAAUACCAUAUUAAGAAGUCAAAUAGACCAAUUAGAGACAAUACAUUCUGGUGAAAAUGAAGAAUUUGAAGAAUUAAGAGAGGAAUUCACUACCAGAAUUGCCACAGCAGAGAACAAAUGCCAUGAGGCAGCAAAUGAGAGGGAUAAUCUUAGAACUGAACUAGAAGAAACCACUGCACAUCUCACUGAAAUCAAUAGCAGACAAAAAGAAGAAUACACGACAUUGAUAGCAGAGAAAGAUGAACAGAUUGCACAACUUCUUGCCGAAGGUGAAAAGCUCUCUAAACAAGAACUUCAAAGUAAUACAGUCAUUAAGAAACUCAGAGCCAAGGAAAAAGAGAAUGAAAAUCUAAUUAAAAAGCAAACGAAAAAGCUUAAAGAAUAUGAGGAAGAGGUGAAAAGACUCACAGAUAUCUUAACAUCUCGAGAUGACUAUAAUUCCAAGCAAGAAGAUGCAAUCAACAAACUCAAUGCGUAUGUAAAGAAACAAGAAGAACAACUCAACAAACAGUCGUCUGAACUUGAGGAUGCAACUGAGAAAGUCCGAAGCAUGCAAGUUGCUCUUGACAAUGCAUACAAAGAGAUGACAACUCUUCAGAAACAAACAGCAACUGCUGAUAGCACAAUUCAAGAGGCAGUUCUAAGUACUGAAAUGAAAGCUAAAGAAGAACUUCGCAUAGCCCUAGAGAAAGCAAGACGAGAAUUUCACCAAGAGAGCGAAAUGAUGGCCUUACAAGUAACUGACCUUCAGGCCAGUCUAACGCGUUCUGAACAACAGGGCACCCGACGAGAAGAACAUCUUAGACAGGAAAUUAAGCAUUUUCAACAGCGUCUUCAAGAAGCAGAAGAUCGUAAUCAAGAACUGGCCGCAAGUGUUUCUCAUGCGACCCGGCCAUUAUUAAGGCAAAUUGAAAACUUACAGACAACUCAUAGCGGGCAGGCAUUUACGUGGGAAAAAGUGGAGAAGAACCUUACAGAACGGCUAAACGAUGCGCAGAACCAGCUUCUUCAGGCUCAAGAAAAAGAACAUAUAGCAUCACAAAGUGUUUCUGAGCUCAAUGCGCGCAUAGCAAGGCUGGAAUCUCAAGUCAGCACGUACCGUGCUGAACGGUCUCGCCUUGAAGCUGAUCUAGAACUAGAGAGAACAAAGAUAGGAACACUUGAGGACACACAGAGCAGGGAAUCGGCAAAGUAUGAUGCUAUGGUUAAAAAAUAUCAAAAACUUCUAGAAGAUGCAAACCUAGAUAAGGCGCAUCUUGAACAACAACUGACAGUAGAGAAAAGCAAGAUGGACACUGAGGUGAAGAAGUUCAAAGCAGCCUUAGACGAGAAGGAAAAGCUUCUUUCUCGUCAGUCCGGUUUUACUGGCAUUUCAACACCAUUCCCAGCCAGUGACGGAUCUAGUAAUCAGCAACAAGAUACCACAGGUAACCCAUCGACAGUUAGAAAGCAUUCAAGAACAAGCAGUUCUAGCAGUACGGUCGUGGAUGGUAUCACUAAAGGCAUCAUGGGAGGUACCACAGCGCUGGUAGAGAGACUGCAGGCUCAAGUUAGACAAAAAGAUGGCGAAAUAGAAUUAUUACAGGACGAUGUGACGUCACUGCGACAAUCACGUGAUUCAGUCAUGGAAGAGCUGACGUUAUUGACAGAAAAGUUAGAGAGAUUGGAAACUAGCAACGAAAGAUACAAAGAMCUCAAAGAAAAGCAUGAUGUUUUGCAGCAACGUUAUAACGCAGUUUUGCAGAUGUAUGGAGAGAAAGAAGAAGAAGCAGAGGAACUAAGAAUGGAUUUACAAGAUGUUAAAUCUAUGUACAAACAACAGGUAGGUAUCUCUCUCAGGCACUUCUUUUCUUUUUUUAGUUUCUUUCCUUUUUUUUCCUCUUUUCUUUAUAGACGGAAUUGAUUGUUUGUGUC